AAAAAAAAGAAAACAUAUGGUCUUGAACUCUGAUCUUCGUCGUAUUCUGGUCUAUCAAUUGUGGAUGUAGCACGGACAUGAACUAAAUUUGGCUCUUUUACCGACAUCGAAAGUGGAUGUGGCCAUGUAGUUCCAGACGCUCGUAAAAUGGAUGUACGUGACGCUAGUGAGCAGCCUAGAAAAAGCGUUUGACGAAAAACGGCGGCGUGGCCUCUCUCAUUCUUCUCUCUGGUUUGGGAUAUAGCCGGUGUAAGCAGGUUGCCCCGCAAAAAAUAGAAAGCGCCCUCUUUUCUCCCUAGCCUAGGCGUAGGAAGAGAAAAGAACCGUCGUCUGGACGUGACACACGACUAUAGUUUAUGCCUAACCUAUCUAUUUCGCGACUUCUGUCAGUCGAUAUCUUCCGCUGCUGGAUUUUUGGGUGGAACGGUAUUUGUCAUUGAAGAGCGAAGGAGCUUGAUUCAUCUGGGAGUCUCUUCAUUUAUUCGUACAUUCAUUUGAAGAUAUCUGUCUUUUUUUUUCUUUUUAUUUCGCCGAGUCUCUCGUGUCAUUGUGCGUUCACGAUUUCGCGAAUGGAUGGAUCAAUGAGAGUUGAUUUAACGACGACAAGGAGGAAAACGUUUUAAGUGCUGAAGAAGAGGGACAACUUUGAAUUGAGUAAUACUCUUUUGACGUUUCUAACCUUAUUCGACGAUAAGAUGAAAUCGGGCAACACGGACAAACACAGGGGCACGAUACUCCUAAAAUCGGAGGAAAAUGAGCAGGUCUUUCAGCUGAUAGGAAAUCGAUGCCAGUGCUUAGCAGCUGGUGUUAUACAACUAUAUUUGACGGAACCUCCUUUACAUAGAGAUUGGAUUAAAAAAAGUACAGGUAUUAUAACUCUGAUAAGAGACAAUCCAAGACGUAGUUUCUUCUUACGAUUGUAUUGCUUACAAAGAAAAGCAAUGUUGUGGGAACACGAAGUUUACAAUUCAAUGGAAUACAAAGCGCCAAUGUCGUAUUUUCAUACAUUUGAGGCGGAAGAUUGUAUGGCUGCAUUUAAUUUUGCGAGUGAGACUGAAGCCAUUACAUUAAGAAAUAUACUUCUUGGUAAAUUAAAUGCUAAACGCCAGAGAAGACAAGAAAGAAAAGCAAAAGAAGUGCAACCUGGUGGCAUGUUAUCCUGGAAAAAUCAAACUAGCCCGUCAUCUUUUGCUAUUACGUCAGGUUCACCGGGGAAUUUAUCGAAUGGUGCGACUACAGUUGGUGUUAAUAGAAGUGCUUCGAGUAGCUCAAUGUACAAAACAAAGAAGAAAAAAAAUGAGCAAGACCUUAAACGCAAAUUAACAAAAGAUGAUAUCAGUCUUCCUUCGAAUUUCAGGCAUGUGGCACACUUAGGAUGGGAUGUAAAUAAUAAAGGUUUGGAAUUAGAUUCUGUGGAUUCGCAAUUACAACAAUUUUUCAAUAAUGCUGGUGUAUCGGAACAUGAACUUCAAGAUAAAGGCACUCGAAAAUUUAUCUAUGAUUUUAUUGAAAGGAAUGGAGGUAUGAGUGCAGUGCAAGAGGAUAUUCGGCCAUUGGCUAAUGUAAAAACUGCUAAUCAGCCUCCCGCUCUUCCGCAAAGACAAGAAUAUCCUCCACCUGUUCCAGCGCGAACAAUACCUCAUCAAACACGAAGUGCUCCGCCUUUGCCUCCAAAUCGUUUGAGCGUGUCUUCUUCUCCAUCACCAAGCAUGCCACCUAGCUUACCCGUGAACACGUCUUCGAAUACAGUGUCUAAUGCUCCAUCAGUGCACAGAACCUUACCAUCAAGACCGCCGCCACCUAAUAUAAGUACAGUUCUUCCAACUCUUCCUCCACCUCCGCCUCCGCCACCACCGACUCUUCCCUCGAGAAUCAAUUCGAACACUUCUAUACCUCCACCACCACCUUUACCGGACACGAAUAAUACCAACAGCAUAACAAUCAACACCAACGCUACCAAUAAUAACAACGAAGAGUCCAUUGUUGAUCUUAGACCGAUGCUCAUGGAAUCUAUUAGAAGUGGUACAACUCUAAGGAAAGUUAAUAAAACGGAAACAAAGUCGCCGGUGAUUGAGGAUUCGAGAGGGGAAUUACUCCGGCAAAUACGCGAGGGCAUCGAAUUGAAACCUGUUCCAAACGAAGUAAAAUCGAAUACGGGACCUGCGCCUCGUGGCGGCCUGGCCGAUGCGUUAUCCAGGGCUCUAGCCGAACGUUCUCGUGCAAUUCAUAGCGAAAGCGAAGAUUCGACUAGUGAUACCACUGAUGAUGAUGAGUGGGACGAUUAGAUUGAUAUCGAAAAAUAUGGAAAUUCAACAGCAAGAGAAGUCAUCAGAAGAAUAAAGCAAGGCUUAAAAUAUACUUUUGCCGCUAUGGAGAAAUCCUAGUCAGAAGAAAAUAAUAAUAUUAAUUAUUAUAUAUUUUAUUAUAUAUUUUAUACAAUUUCAUAUCUAAACUAUAUCUAUUAUCCAAACUGGAUUUAUAUGUUUUCUUUCAUAUUUACAUUGUUUGACUAGUAUAUAUAGUAUGUAUAUCAUAUUAUUACAUUUAUAAAAUUCUAAUAUAUCAUUACUAUAUCCAAAUAAAUAGGAAAAAAUGAUUUGUAACAACAACAAGAUAUAAUAAUAAUAGCAAAAUAAGCUCAUGUUUGUUGGUAAAUAAA